AUGGCUGUCACAAUCACAGUCGUCUUCCCCAACGAGCCUGAUGCCAGCUACGACAUCGAAUACUACGUUAGAAAACACAUGCCUCUGAUCCAGGAGCGUUGGGGAAAGUACGGCGUCGUUUCCUGGUCGGUCACAAAGUUUCAAAACGGCGUUGAUGGCUCUGCGCCUCUGUAUGCCUUUGGGUCGGUUGUCACCUGGGACAAUGUAGACCAGAUCAAGGCUGCGUUCGCCGGACCCGAGGCUGGGGAGAUUAUGGGAGACGUGGCCAACUUCUCGAACAAGCAGCCCGUCUUUUUGACUGGCGAGGUACUCCGUUAA